ACCCUACUCUUUCAUUUUUCUCUCUCCUCAAAACUUCUUUGAUUUUUUCCCUUUUUCCAAUCCCCUCACAACUAGAGCUCCUAGCCCCACAAAGGGGGGACAAAAAAAUCUAAACUUUGAAGAAAAAUAACUUAAUAAUAAAAAAAAGAAAAUGGAGCAUCGACCAAUUGAGGUGAAAUUAUUAUGUGCAAAGGAUUUAAAGGACGUAAAUGUCUUUUCCAAAAUGGAUGUCUAUAUAAUCGGAUCCGUUUCCGGGGACCCGCGGUCCAUACAACGAACCACGGUUGAUAAAGAUGGUGGGACCAACCCGAAGUGGAACCAUGAGAUGAAUUUUACAUUUGAUGAGUCAGCCGCCCGGAUGAACCGACUUGGUCUAGUUUUUCAGAUUAUGUCACACCGAACCCUUGGGGAUAAGGAAAUAGGUCGUGUUUAUGUACCCUUAAAGGAGUUAUUAGAUAAUUUUGGUGUUGGGGAUGGGAGCUCGGGUGAGGUUAUUAACCAUGAAAAAGAUGUGGUGUACCAAGUCCAAACGUUGAACGGGAAAUUUAAAGGUAAAUUAGAAUUUUCGUUUAAAUUUGGAGAAAAGUUCUCCCUAAGUGUAGAACGAAAGCUUGAAGACCCGGUUAUAGCUUACCCUGCGGUAAGUCCAAAUCCGGGAGUAGGUUCAAGUAUUGUAUCGGGAUUUGGAUCACCCCCACCCUCCGAGCCCAAAUCGAAAUAUAAACCCAGUGUGUAUCCAGACCCGAAUAUAGGUGGGGCCACACCAUUUAGUCACGGUGCACUUCAACCAGGAUACCCGCCUCAGGGUUACGGACAUGGAUAUGGAUAUGGAUGCGGAUAUGGGUAUCAACCCCAUUAUGUUCCUCAGCCAUUCCCUAAUCCUCAUAUUAGUUACGGGUACGGGUUUCCUGGUGGGUACGGGUACGCAGGACAAUCACCCACAAGGUACACACAACAACAAGUACAACAAAAACCGAAAAAGAGCAAAUUCGGGUUAGGCGCGGCAACAGGUAUCGGGGCCGGGUUGUUGGGUGGAUUAUUGGUGGGUGAGAUGGUAGAGGAUGAUGCUGAAUCAUAUGACGAUGACACAUUUGAUUAUUAGUUAUUUUAUUCAAGUGGAGAUUUUUUUUUUUAACAAAAAAAAAUAGUGGUGAGGGGAAAUUAAUGUUGAUUUAAUUUUUUUUGCGGCUAAUCAACAACAGAUACUUUAUCAAGUUUGUUAUGUGGCAUGCAAAAUCAGGAAAGUCCUCCAAACCAUUCAACUAAAUUAAUGAUGAAUGUUCAAAAUGGAAAUACAACUUAUUCAAAAAUCAAGUCGAGGGGGAAAAUAUAGGAGGAUUUUAGUUUUGAUCGAUAAUGUAUAUUUAAUGUUUCAAGGAAUCACAAUUAUGUGAAUGACUAUAUAAUUGAUGGUACUACUUCACUAUUCUA